AUGGCUUACGAGAAGGAACUCGAGGUCGCCCUCCUCGCCGUACAACGCGCAUCCAUCCUUACCAAGACGGUCUACUCGAGCCACUCCAAAGGCACCCUCUCCAAGAGCGAUUCCUCGCCCGUCACCAUCGGAGACUUUGGCGCACAGGCUCUGAUCAUCGCCUCGAUAAAGCACGCUUUCCCCAAUGACGAGGUUGUGGGCGAGGAGGAUGCAGACGACCUACGCAAGAACGAGCAGGAGCGCAACCUUGUCUGGGACCUCGUACAGGCCGCGAAGCUCGACGACAGCUCAGCAGAGGAGAAGAUUGGCGGGCCAAUCAAGAAUGUCGAGGACAUGCUUACAGCCCUCGACAGCGGAAGGAGCAAUGGAGGGCGACAAGGCAGGAUCUGGGCGCUGGACCCCAUCGACGGUACCAAGGGCUUCCUGCGAGGCGGACAGUAUGCUGUCUGCUUAGCACUCAUGGUUGAUGGUGUACCCACUGUCGGUGUCAUUGGCUGCCCCAACCUCCCAAUCGAUGACCAGGCGCCGCUCGACAGCUCCAUUGGCGCAGAUGCGGACGACAAGGAGGGUAAGGGCGUCCUGUUUGCUGCGGUCAAGGGUGAGGGAGCUACUAGCCGACCACUCAGCAAGGGCGCACUACAAGAGUCAAGGAAGAUUUCUAUGAAGGCAGUUCCAGACGUCAGUCAGGCCACUUUCUGCGAAUCCGUAGAGGCAGGCCACUCCUCCCAUGGCGACAACGCUGCCAUUGCCUCAAAACUUGGCAUCACAAAACAGUCUGUACGAAUGGACUCGCAAGCAAAGUACUGCUCGAUUGCCCGCGGAGCUGGAGACAUUUACCUCAGGCUGCCCGUUAGCAAGUCGUAUGAGGAGAAGAUCUGGGAUCACGCCGCUGGAGUGGUCCUUGUACAAGAAGCUGGCGGUGAAGUCACCGAUGCGUGGGGCAAGCCAUUAGAUUUUGGCAUUGGCAGGACUCUAAAGGAGAACAAGGGUGUAGUUGCUGCGCCCAAAGAUGUCUUCCCGCAGGUCAUCAACGUCGUCAAGGAAGUCUUGAGCGCGAAGCAGUAG